AUGCCUCAAGCAGGCUACACGGUGGUUCCUAAUAAGAGGUCAGAGAUAUUUAAGUGGCUUCGUGAGGUUAAGUAUCCUAGUGGGUAUGCCGGAAAUAUAGCUCGAUGUAUUAAGAUGGGGGAAAAUAAAAUUAUCGGGUUGAAGACCCAUGACUGUCAUAUUCUGCUGCAACGUCUUCUUCCUGUGGUCAUUCGCCCGUAUUUGCAGAGUGAUGUGGUUAACACGUUGGUGGCUUUGUCCAACUUGUUUCAGAGGUUAUGUGCUAAAGAGCUAAAAAAGUCAGAGGUCCGGUCAUUGCAAGACGAUAUUGCGCAACUUGGAGAUUACAAGAAGACGAACAGGAACAAACGUUUCCCUGAAGGUUCGAUCACAGCGGCUUACAUUUCUAGUGAGUGUGUAACCUUCUACAAAACAUAUCUUAAUGAUGAACACACGGGAGGGGAAUCUUCAGGAGGGGGAAAUCAAUUCCAUUUAUCAGUUGUUUCUGACGAAGUACAACCGUAUGGCAGGCUAGGUAGGGAAUACAGAUUGAGUCGCGAAGAAUUGAAGGAGGCUCAUUGGUGCGUCCUUCAACAUUGCGAUGAAUUGGAGGAUUAUCUGGAGAAACAUUUGAGCAGGCAAAAUGGGAAUGAAGCCAUUCACGAGAGAGAUUUUCCUGACUACUUCCCGAUUUGGAUGAUGCAUAUUCAACAGAACCAACGUGAAUUUUACGACCCUAAUCUGCACUGUUUGGCUGGCGGACCGCUAAAGCACAAAGCACAUGCAGGAUGUUUUGUUAACGGGGUUAAGUUUGUGACAUUAGAACGAGAUGAUGGUUGCAUCACCCGAAACAAUGGAGUCAUGGUUGAGGGCAAGUCUCACAACUACUACGGGGAGUACGGUUACAGACCAUGGUUUGUUAUCAGUGAACACAAACACUUCAUGAGUGCAGCUACAUUAGGAGGGGAUGAGGGUACGGAACCGAGCUCUUUAUCGAACGAACCAUAUCAAGAGGAAACUCCACCUGUAAUUCCCAAUGACGUGGACAUUCGCGUCAACGACCAACACGUUCCGGCCAUUACAGGUUACAUUGAAGUUACAAUGCCCGAACCCGAAGAAGAUGACGAAUACGUGGACGAAGAAGAUGAGGAUUCAGAGGAAUUCGAGGAAGUUGAUGAUCCCGAAGACCAAGAUUAUGAAGACGAGUAUGAUUAA